UGGUGGGUCCACAGCUGCGGAGUGCCCGUCCCACAUCACGAAGAUGCCACCCAUUGGGGGAAAAAAAUCCAAGAGGGGCAUCCUAGAACGCUUAAACGCAGGAGAGGUUGUGAUUGGAGAUGGAGGGUUUGUCUUUGCCCUGGAGAAGAGGGGCUAUGUAAAGGCUGGACCCUGGACCCCAGAAGCGGCUGUGGAGCACCCUGAGGCAGUUCGCCAGCUUCACCGCGAGUUUCUUAGAGCUGGGUCAAAUGUCAUGCAGACCUUCACCUUCUAUGCCAGUGAAGACAAGCUGGAGAACAGAGGAAACUACGUGGCAGAGAAGAUAUCAGGGCAGAAAGUCAACGAAGCUGCGUGUGACAUUGCCCGGCAAGUGGCUGACGAGGGAGACGCGUUGGUGGCCGGAGGUGUGAGUCAGACACCUUCGUAUCUUAGCUGCAAGAGUGAAACUGAAGUUAAGAAAAUAUUUACCCAACAGUUAGAGGUGUUCAUGAAGAAGAACGUGGACUUCCUCAUUGCAGAGUAUUUUGAACACGUGGAGGAAGCUGUGUGGGCAGUGGAGGCCUUGAAAGCAUCUGGCAAGCCAGUGGCUGCUACCAUGUGCAUUGGCCCAGAAGGAGAUCUACAUGGCGUGACCCCUGGCGAGUGUGCAGUUCGCUUGGUGAAAGCAGGAGCCUCCAUCAUUGGGGUGAACUGCCACUUCGACCCCACGAUUAGUUUACAGACAGUGAAGCUAAUGAAAGAGGGCUUGGAGGCCGCCCGGUUGAAAGCUUACCUGAUGAGCCAGCCCUUGGCUUACCACACCCCUGACUGCGGCAAGCAAGGAUUUAUUGAUCUCCCAGAAUUCCCCUUUGGACUGGAGCCCAGAGUUGCCACCAGAUGGGAUAUUCAAAAAUACGCCCGAGAGGCAUACAACCUGGGGGUCAGGUACAUUGGCGGGUGCUGUGGAUUUGAGCCCUACCACAUCCGGGCAAUUGCAGAAGAGCUAGCCCCAGAACGUGGGUUUUUGCCACCAGCUUCAGAGAAACACGGUAGCUGGGGAAGCGGUUUGGACAUGCACACCAAACCCUGGAUUCGAGCAAGGGCCCGGAAGGAGUACUGGCAGAACCUUCGGAUAGCCUCUGGCAGGCCCUACAACCCUUCCCUGUCAAAGCCAGAUGCGUGGGGAGUGACCAAAGGGACAGCAGAGCUGAUGCAGCAGAAGGAAGCCACAUCGGAGCAGCAGCUGAGAGAGCUCUUUGAGAAACAAAAAUUCAAAUCGCCACAGUAGCCACAACACAACUAGUUUUGGUCAUUUCCUCUAUGUUUGGGCCACAAUAGUCAGAAAUAAGGAAAAGAUGGCUAAAAUGCAAUGCUUGUGUUGACUAACGCCAGCCUACACACAGAAUUGGUAUUAGCAGAAGAAAAUAGAAUCACAAACAGCACUUGACAAAUCUAAAAGUAUGUGUUAGAAGUUUCCUUAGAAACCACAGCAGGAAAGCAUGCAGUAAGUCUUACAGAAGCUUCCUAAGUGCCCAUCAAAUAUAAGGCAUUGCAGAACUCACUGCAGGAAGGGAAAUGUGAUUCAAACAUUAACCUUACUUCAAGAAGUUAGGCACGAGGAGGAUGAGGCACAAGCUGUCAUAAAUGACACACUAACCUGCUGGGGACAGAUAAGGUGCCUUGGGAAAUGGCUUCCAAACUCAUUUGAACAUGACCCCUAGCAAGAAACAAUUUAUAUAAUGACCCAAUGGAACAUGGAACAUAAAGCCCCUGAAACAAAAUAUGUGAUCCAUUCUGG